AUGGGCUCAGAGCUGGGUCUCACGGCCGAGACGGAGCACGGGCUUCGGAAAGACGGCGUCGCCAUCUUCUACGCCGUCCUCAUCGCCGUCUGGACACUCUUCAUCGCCACCGGUUCCGCCUUCCUCUACAUCAGACGCAAUGACGCCGUCCUUCGCAUCCGCGGCAUAACCCUAUCGCUCUCUGCCGUCUUGCUGCUCCACCUGUACUGGAUCUCGGUCCAGCUCGGCUACAUGACCGGUCCCGUCAUGCCCGGCGACGCCGAGUAUUGGAUCAUGGGUACCUGGCUCCCUCUUGGGAUCGCCCUCUUCCACGCAUCCAACUACCGGUUCCUCUACGUCGCCCAGGCCCAGAAACGCUUCGUCGCAGAGCAGCACGAGAAGAAGCAGCAGCGGCAGAAGAUCCAGCCUCCCAAGCUUGGGCCCAAGGGCCUCGUCGCUCAUUUCAGGCAGGCCAGCUACACCCACAAAAUCCUCGUCCUCAUCGGCGCCGGAAUGGUCGUACAGAUCCUCGUUACCAUCACCAUGUACCUCCUAUCGCGCAAGUGGCACCCCAAAUGGGGCAUCCCCGGCACUGCCGUGGAGAGUGACGCCGAAAUGGAGCGCAAGGUCAUGAUGGGUGUCGGAUGGGAGUGGUGGCCUACCGUCUUCUGGCAGAUGUUUUGGGCGUGGGUCGUCGCUCCCAUCAUCCUGUGGCGGUCGCGCAAUGUCCAUGACACCCAGGGCUGGAGGCUGCAGACCGUCGUUUGCUGCGUUGCCAACCUGCACGCUGCGCCGAUGUGGCUGAUUGCCCUCUACGUUCCCGGCAUGGAAAAGAUUAACGAAUACUGGAUCCCUCCCCAAUGGAAAACAUAUCUGAUACCGAAGUCACCUUCUGCUAGGAUCGCGGUUUCGAUCAUGAUUAUGGAAAUCUUCACCGUCUUUUACCCCUGCUUCGAAGUAUACCGCCACCAGACCCUGAAGCAGGAGACUCUCGACUCGAUUGCGCAGUGGGAGUCCAAGAACAAAUUCCCCUCCGGUGGCGGCUCCAAGUCCAUCAAUUCGUCGGUUCCCACCAUGGUGGACAGCACCGCGUCCGGGUGGAAGUCGAUGGAAGGAUCCGUCAAGACGAACGGCUCCAACGAGAGUAUCCUGACCAUGGGCGCCCUCGAGCACGUCCUGGAGCGCAACCCGGCUCCACUCCUCGAGUUCUCCGCCCUUCGCGACUUCUCUGGUGAAAACAUUGCCUUCCUCACCAGCGUCAUUGAGUGGAAGGCGUCCGUGUCCCCUCCGCGCAGCCCGGGUUCGCUGCCCACGCCGCCGCCAGGCCCGGAGACGGUGGGGGAGGAGGAGAACCGCGACCGCUUCAGCCGUGCCCUCCAGAUCUACACAGACUACAUCAGCUCCCGCGACGCCGAAUUCCAGAUCAACCUCCCCUCGGCGACGCUCAAGAAGCUCGAGGCCGUCUUUGAACAGGCCGCCCGUGCUGUGUGCGGUAACGACCGCCUUGAAGCUGACCCGGCCACGCCAUUUGAUCCCGCGACUCCCUUCAACAUGCCCGUCAACAAGGCCCCGAGCGACUUGUCGGACUCGGACUCGGAGAAGGGCAUGAUGCUGUCCCGUACCAAGUCACUCCACAUCCCCGCUCCCGUCACCCGCGUGCAGCAGUACUCGGGUGAGAUCCCGGCAGCCUUCAAUUACACCGUAUUCAACGAGGCCGAGGCCAGUAUCAAGUACCUCGUCCUCACAAACACGUGGCCCAAGUUCCUCAAGGAGAGGAGAUCGUCGAUACAGUCUGCUUGA